ACCGACAUCGAAGAGAGAGUUGAGCGACGGGAAGGAAACGAGAUUCCACUUAACUGAUAUUUGCUUUCAGGAUCGAAACCCUGAUUGCUCGAAACCCUAAGGGCGAGGAGAAGGAGAAGCAGGUGGAAGGGGAAAGGAAGGAUUUCAGCAGAAUGGAGGUCGGCCCCAUUACCGUUGUCCUCAAGGUUGAGAUGCACUGCAAGGGUUGUGCUCAGAAAGUCCGGCGAUCCGUCAAAGGAUUCAAAGGCGUUGAGGGGGUGGCGUCGGACGUUACGGAGAGCAAGUUGACAGUGAUUGGAAAGGUGAAUCCAAUUGAGCUUCGAAACCGUUUAGAGAGCAAGAUGCAUAAGAAGGUAGAGCUCAUCUCCCCUGCUGUCGCCGUUAAAAAGGAGAAGGAGAGCUCUAAAGUUGAUGGAAACGAAGGAGCCAAAGAUCAAAAGCCAGACCAGAGCAAGGAACAGAAGAAAGCCGACGAUAAAAAGCCAAAUGAGCCCUCAUUGUCAUCGGUGACUCUCAAGAUCCGGUUACAUUGCCAGGGCUGCAACGAACGAAUCAGAAAGCAGAUUAACAAAAUCAAAGGAGUUGAGAGUGUUUCAUUUGACUCUGAGAAGGAUCUGGUUACCGUGAAAGGAAGCAUGGACGUGACUACCCUGCCUGGGUUUUUGAUGGCGAAGCUGAAUAGGGGAGUAGAGAUCGUGAAUCCAAAGAAAGAUGGAGAUGGUGAUAAGGAGAAAAGCGAGAAAAAGAAGGGCAGCGAAGGGCAGGAUGCGGCGAAGACUGUAACGGCAGCACCAGCAGCACCGGCAACACCGGCAUCAAUGGAGGCAAGGAAGAUGGAUUACUACCGUAGCUUUGGCUUUCCGCACCACAGCGAGAUAAUUGUAGGACCGCAGCUCUUCAGCGACGAGAACCCCAAUGCGUGCUCCAUCAUGUGAUUCGCGACUGGCAUUUUUCUUUUUCAGUAUUGUAAAUAUGGAUAUAUAUGUUCUAGAAAAAAAAUGUUAAAACAUGGAGUCGUAAAUUGCUGAUUCGUACUCAUCUCUCAAUAUUGAUUUUUGCGCUUUAUUUUCCCUGGUUUUUUGGAUUGAA